AUGCUGAAGCCACCAAGAACAACUACAACACUUCCAGAAUAUCAUCGACACCGCGGGACCACCGUCGCGCCGCCGGAGUCGCCGGAAAACCGGCUGGGAGAAGCCUCAGCGGCAUGCUCUGUUUUCUGCCGGGUUGCUGCUGUUGCUGCUUCUCUGUUCUGUUCGGCCUUCCUCAGCCCAGCUCCGCCCUUCCCUGACCUCCACAGACUUCCUCCGACGCCGUCCAACCACCACCAGGUCGAGUCGCAUCCGUGCCUCGCCGGAACAGCCACGAACAGCCGGUUUUGUCACUGCCUGUUCUGUUUUUCGCUGCUCCGCCCUGCACCGCCUGAAGCUGCUGCCGCCGCUGUUCCGCCGCCUUCUCCAGCCACCUCCGAUCACCAUACACCUCCCAACACUCCCUCAGACCUUUUCCCGCAGCCCCGCAAAGUCCCGACGCCGUUCGAGCUCCGGAACAGCCCCGACCAGCUUGCUCUGUUCUGUUUCUUUGCUCUGUUCUGCCUGUUGCAGCUUCUGUUGGCUGCUGCCGGCACUAGCUCCGGCCACCGAGUGCCACCACCGACCACCAUCACCCUUCCCCCGCCUCCUCGGACAUCCACCGUCGACCCCGGAGCCAACCACCACCCUUCAAUCCACGAAACAGCCCCGGAUCCCCCUCAAUUUCCCCUGUUUUUGGUCUGGGCAGCUCCAUUUGGGCCUGAACAGUGGGCCUACGAGCUGGGCCGUGGCCCAAACCGACUUGGGCCGUGA